AUGGAUAUCAUUUCUGUGGCGCUUCUCCUACUGGCAGGUGGGAGCAGUGCUACUAAUACAUCAUACUACACAAACCCUGUUCUUCCUGGCUUCCAUCCGGACCCCAGUUGUAUCUAUGUUGAUGAACUGGACCAGACAUUUUUCUGCGCUACUUCAACUUUCACGGCAUUCCCGGGAGUUCCGAUCCAUGCCAGUAAAGACCUUGUCAACUGGAAGCUCGCCAGCAACGUCUUGAAUCGGCGCGAGCAGAUUCCAGAUUUUGCAUCAGCACCAACGGGACAAGACGGCAUCUUCGCCCCGACUCUCCGCUACCAUGAUGGAACUUUCUACCUCAUAACGACCAAUGUUGCCAUCUCAUCGUACCUCGAUUUCACGAUGGACAACAUCAUCUUCACGACCACGGACCCGUACAACAGCUCAUCGUGGAGCAUCCCUACCUCGUUCGACUUCGCCGGCUACGACCCAAGCCUCUUCUGGGACGAUGACGGCACAGCAUACUACGUCGGCGCUGCAGCGACAGCAACCGGCACCGCCAUCGGCCUCGCCACCAUCGACACGUCGACCGGCGCCCUCGGACCCAUCAGCUACCCGUACAACGGCACCGGCAUCGGCACCUCCGAAGGCCCGCACCUCUACAAGAAGGACGGCUGGUACUACAUCCUCGUCGCCGAGGGUGGCACUGCCAGGAAGCACCGCGGCGCCAUCGCCCGCUCCCGCAACGUCACCGGCCCGUACGAGAACUACGCCGGCAACCCCUUCGUCGCCGCUGCCAGCAACUCGUCGUACAUCCAGAGCGUCGGCCACGCGGAUCUGUUCCACGACGCGGCUGGGAACUGGUGGGGCGUGGCGCUAGCGAUGCGCUGCGGACCCGAGUUCGAGACAUACCCCAUGGGCCGCGAGACCGUCCUGUACCCGGUGUCGUGGCCGGAGGGCGAAUGGCCGGCGCUGGUGCAGGGCGUGAGUGGCAGAAUGGAGGGCCCGCUGCCUCUGCCGCGGGACAACCGUAGUCUUCCUGGCGAGGGUUCUUUCCACGACGCGCCUGAUGUGGUGGACUUUGAGCCAGGGACUACGUUGCCGGAGCACUUCGUUCACGUGCGCUUCCCUAAGGACGGGGCUUACGUCGUAUCUCCGCCGGGACGAGAGAAUGCGCUGCAGUUGGCUCUUUCGCCGAGGAACUUGUCGUCGCCCUUGUCCACUCACGUCAACCUUACCAAGGACAUUACGUUUGUGGGGCGCAGGCAGGUGGACACGUUGUUUACGUUCAGCGUUGAUUUGCUGUUUGAGCCUGCUGCACUGGGUGAAGAGGCCGGUGUGGCUGCCUACCUGGACGAGAAAAGGCAUGUGGAUAUGGGAAUCACGUACGGCAAUGGGCUUGAACCACGCUUGCGGCUACAGGCUUUUAGCAGCAACGAGAACGUCACCGUCCCAUCAGACGUGUGGGCACCGCUCCCGGCUGGCUACAAGGCGGGUGAUCUGGUGCGCUUGGAAGUUAGAGCGGCGAAUGUGACGCACUUCACCUUUUCGGUGGGCGUGGCAUCAGAGUCACAGGAAGAUGAUGUCCAGAUGGCAGUUGUAGGAUAUGCUGAAGGGAGCCUCCUUAGCGGUGGGUAUACAGGAACGAUUCUUGGGGCUUACGCGACGAGUAAUGGUGUGGUAGGUAACGGGACAAGCAAGGCCUUUGUGAGUCGAUGGAGGUAUCAGGGACAAGGGCAGUACAUUGGCGAUGAGCAGUUCGUUUGA